UAUUUAGCUAAUAUAGAUACUUUAAUAAUAUUUUUCCAAUAAACAGAAAAUAUUUUUUUGGAAUAUUUUUAAAAAUUUUUGUUAUAGUCUAUGUUUAACCCCCCUUAUGAGGCCAUUCUUUUGAUUUUUAAGCUGCAUGUCAUACGUCGAUCUUGAUAAUCCAGAUAAUCACAGUCGGCACGGAUCUAAUCGUUCUCGACGUGAAAAAGACCAUGAAAAGGAAAGGAACAAAGAAAUUCAUAAAGACCGGUAUAGGGGUAGAGACAGAAGCAAAGAAAGGAGCAAAGAUAAAAGAAGUCGUAGUAGAAGCAGGAGGAAAACAAAAGACCGUUCCCGAAGUAGAUCCAGAAACCGUACUCGCAAUAAAGAUCGUAAAACUCGGGUGGAAAUUGACGAAUUUGGAAGAGAGCGAGUUCGAACUUCCGCAUCCUUAACUUCCGUUGUUAAUCGUAAAAUCAGACGAGCACAAAAAAUAAAGAGGAACAAAUCGCGAAGCAGAAGCACUAAAAGAAGGAGCAGCAAAACUACGAAAGAGAGCAGUUUUCAGAGGAGCGAGAGUAGUCAGCAAAAGAAUGGUGAGGGCGAACUUGAAAGUGAUGAUGAAGCUGCCGCUAUGUACAAGCUGCUUGGCUUUAAUGCAUUUUCUUCUACUCACGGCAAAAAAAUUGAUGGAGCCGAUAUAUCUGCUGUAGGUCUUUCCUCUAAACGCAAAUACCGGCAGUACAUGCACCGGCGAUCUCGAAGCGCUUUUAUACAUGAAUAA